CAGUUCUCUGGGGGUAUCUCAGCCCCCAGAAUGGAGAGCAAGAACAACAGCACUAGCCUAACCCCCACAGGGUGCUACAUUGCUGUGGAGGUCCUGAUUGCGGUGUUAGCCAUUGCAGGGAAUGUGCUUGUGUGCUGGGCAGUUGUCAUCAAUCGCCAUCUGCGUAAUGUUACCAAUUACUUCAUUGUGUCACUGGCCGUAGCGGACAUUGCUGUGGGGGUGCUCGUUAUCCCCUUUGCCAUCACCAUCAGCAUUGGACUAUCGAUGGGUUUCCACACCUGCCUUUUCUUGGCAUGCUUGGUCCUGGUUCUGACCCAGAAUUCCAUUUUCAGCCUCCUGGCUAUUGCUGUUGAUCGAUACCUUUCUAUCAAACUACCUCUGAGAUACGAUGCACUUGUGACUGGGCGACAUGCCAGGAAGACCAUUGCCGUACUGUGGAUUAUAUCACUCAUCAUUGGGUUGAUACCGCUUUUCGGCUGGAACAACUGGAUGCAAGUGGCACAAAACUGCACUGAUAACACAGACAACACAACUAGCAACAACCUUUCAGCUUCCAUAGGAACUACCAGUGCAACGGCUUCAGCAGGAUUCGUAAACACCACCACCACCCCAAACAAUCAGCCAAAUUGGUCCUGUAAGGUGAAGUGUCAGUUUGAAAAGGUGAUGGACAUGCGCUAUAUGGUUUAUUUUAAUUUUUUCGGCUGCGUUUUACCGCCACUCCUCAUUAUGCUUGGCAUUUACAUCAAGAUAUUCCUUGUGGCCAGAGCACAACUGAAACAGAUCAACAUGGAGAAAGGGGGUCCAGGACGAUCAAAAGGGUUCCUUCUCAAGCAGAUCCAUGCUGCAAAAUCACUUUCUAUGAUUGUGGGGCUCUUUGCAAUCUGCUGGCUGCCCCUUCACAUUCUGAACUGCAUUCACAUAUUUUGUCCUAACUGUGAGAAGCCAUCACUCUGGUUAAUGGACCUGGCUAUUGUACUCUCCCAUGCAAACUCUGUGGUAAACCCUGUCAUCUAUGCGUAUCGCCUUAGGGAGUUCCGUUUGACAUUUUAUGGCAUUGUUUUCCGGACCUUCCACAAGAACAAGGAGCUGUCAAUACAAGGGAAUACUAGUAUAAUGCAUAGCUUGGAUGGCCAGGUGAGGGUUUGACAGUGACAAAUUCAUUUAAAAGUUUAAAGUUUACACUGGUGCAUUCGAUGCGCUUACAGAUAAAAGUUUGGAGCCAUUACUGUGCAUUUUGUGGUCAUCCACAUCUUCUCACACUGGUCAGCAUGUGGCACCAGCAAGGAGGACCACAAAGCACCAGGAUAAAGCAGAAGCUUUAGCAUAACAUGAAGGUGAGAAUACGUACCCGAAGAUCUAGUGGUGUUCAUGACUUAGCAGCAUCAUACGGGCCUCAUGCAAUGUCAAGCCUGCCUAUCUACAGUGUAUCACCUAACAGCUCUGUAGAAAUCAUUAGCACACCCAGUGUGGGAGGAGCCUAUGAGACAAGCUGCAGCUGGUUAUUGACACAUACAGUUCAUGUUCAGGACAAACACUUCCCACUUCUUCUUAUGCAGUCUGAACUGAGGCCUACAGGAUUUAAAUCCAACAAAUCUUUAUGUCGUCUGUGAACAGAACUCUUGCAUUCGAGGAUAAAUGUAUCCUACAAGAAGCUACCUAGAUAGUCCUGCAGUAUUCAGGAACUAACACAUGUUAUGCAUAGUUAACUAAAUUGGUAUAAAGGCUUAUGACCUUUAGGAAUUCACACAACCUACAUUACCCACAGUAUUCAGGGACAGACACCUCUUGCACAUUAUCACUGAGGUCUGUGAUGAGACUCACAGCAUCUGGGGAUCUAUAGCUAAUUACUGACAAUGUGAGGAAGGCAGGGAUCGGCAUAUCUACAAAUUGUUCAAACUGGUAUGAAGUAAACAAUGUCUGGAGAAAGGCACAUCAAGGCGUAAUUAUUUAAACUAGUAUGAAGGUGUACAGUCGGUGAAUGCUGUAUCUUUCACAUGACUACCCAGACUGUAACAAAGGUCUACCUACAGGUAACUACCUAAAGUCAUAAUGAAGGCUUGCACCAUCCCAGUAUUUGAUUGUCAUACACACUCUUAUCCAGUCUGCGAUGUGGCCCAUAUUGUACACAUUAUUUUCCAGGAUAGAGUACUUUCCUAACAAUAUAUCUUGCACAUAAUUACCCGGAGCCUUAAUAAAGGCCUACAGAAUGUAUAGAUUUUAAUAUGCUGCACAUAUUUACCUCAAGGAGCAGAGCAUUUAUGACUCCUACUGGCAUAGCUAUCAAAGUUGAACAACUAACCUCUUUCGAACUGUAAUGGGCUCUCCCCAAUUUGUAGCACAUUCUCUGAACAGUAGGGAGGCCUACAUCCUUUAGACUGUAAAACUACUCAUAGACACUUCAAUGGUUUGUAAAGGAAUCUGGAACUCCUUCCUCCAGAUACCACUCCCACCACAAAUAAAAAGCAGUAAUUCAAGUAAAAACUGAACUUACACUGCUUUAUAUUUUACAGCCUAACUGAAAAGACUUUAGAUGUAGGACAUAUUGAUAACAUAUUCUUCACAUUUGGUUCAUUAUGACUGAAACAGAAUUCUGAAUCUUAGUUCACAUGGAGCCACAGAUGUUGGGCCACAAAUAUACUUGUAUAUUCCUACACAUUUUUCUAAUAAGGUUUUUUAAAUUAGAAAUACAGUCUAUAAAAAAUAAAGUUUAUAAAUACAGUUUCUUUUAAAAAUACAUUUGUCACAAUAUUUCAUAUGCCAGAAGAAAGCUUGUUGAAGAUGAGUAAGCCUAAAAUGCCUCUGUUCAGUGUUGCAGAUACUCAAACAAAAGUGAUAUGUGUUGUGUUGUUCAUUUAAGAAUAUUUGUUAAUAAAAUAACAUGCUUUAUUUUCAUGUCACAACUUUUUGGCACAUUAAAAUAAGUAAAUGUCUCUCUGA